AUGUUGAUUGAUAAUACAAAUGGGGUGUUGGAGCCAAGGCAAAGCCAGGUCUCGAUCGGAUCCGGUGCCACCGCUGCGUUAUUUUACAAAGUUAUUGCUCUAUUAGUAGUCCAGGAAUCGUUCAUGUAUUACGCAGUCGGUUGGCCGAAAAAAUUUAGCGCUAGCAAGACUAGCAGCAUCAAGAAUAUUGGUCCAAUAUUGGCAGUGCGUUCCAGUCGAGAACGUCGUGUUAUUGCCACAGUUUCAGCUACAACGGUCUGCUUAUGGAAUCAUCGACCCAGAGCUUUAAUAGCCGUAUAUGUUUGGCCGGAACGUGCUUUAAAACAAAUGGGAUAUUUUGUUGAUCUCCAUUGGAAAUCUGACGCUUCGGCUCUCGCAAUUAGGACUAAUAAAGGCUUUAUAGUCAUAUUAAACGUUUGUAAAGAUUCUUUAAAUCAGAAAGAUCACGAACUUUAUCGCAUCAAAUCGAAAAGCAUCAUAUGUCGUCAAGAGGAAAUAAUUGUAACAACGAGAGGUGGCAAUAUUUUUCAUUAUAAGUGGGAUGGAUUGCUAUAUGCUCAAUUAACUGUUCAAAUUAAUAACAUACCAUUUUCGGCAGAUCAAUCAAAUGCAAAAGCGUCAUUCUUAAGCCCGGAUGAUUCAUACAUUAUUGCCAUUGAAUAUAGCCGAUCACUUCAUGGGUAUGCAAUUAUUCUUGAAGACGGUAGGGGCGCUUUCGUAUUAUGCAGUGCUCCCACUGUAUCUCCAAAUAGUUUAUAUGCUGUCUGGGCGAAGAAUACUUCAACCGCUACAUGUAUUGCAAUCAACAAUAAAUAUCGUUUUAUAGUUUUUGGCCUUUCCAACGGACAAGCCGCAGCCUAUAACCUAGAUGAGGUCACCGGCGCUUUGAACUUAUCGCAUAAACUAAAAUUUGUACAUAAAGACCCUAUAGAUGUCUCGAGUGUUGCUGGAGCUGUUAGAUGCAUCAGAUGGUCACCUGAUGGCUGUGUAUUAGCAAUGUCUUGGGAAAAAUGUGGACUUGCCAUUUGGACAGUAUUCGGUUCUUUAAUAUUAUGCACUUUAAGAAUGGACUAUAGACCUUUAAUUGAUGGUUUGGGCAAUCAAACUUUACAAAUAAGAGAUUUGGACUGGGACGUUGAAGGUUAUCACCUAUGGUUUGUUGUGGAUAAAAGUGAAACAUUUGAUUCUUCUCCAGAAUGUAUCUACCAAAUGCAAUUUGUUAAAAGUGCAAGUAGCGUCAAUCCCAACGCGGGAAACAUUUGUCACGUGCUACUACAAGCGGAAGAUAGAUUAUAUUUACAUAUUCUAGAUAGCAACUCUACCUCUGGCUAUCUAAGAUCUGUUAAUGAUAUAAAUUCAUAUAAUUCAUCACUUGAUGAGAGAUCAUUUAAUAAAGGGAAUCAACCAAAUCAAUCCCAAGCAGAUAUAAAUAUCUUAUUGGGAAGUAAACAGUGGUGUGUAAUUCAGGUUCCUUCUAGUUAUAUGGUUGGAGAAAAUUGGCCGAUACGGUAUUCUGCGAUUGAUAAAACAGGACGUUAUUUAGCUGUAGCUGCUGUUAUGGGUAUCGCUCAUUAUUCUAUAGCAACUCAAAAAUGGAAAUUAUUUGGUAAUAUUGCCCAGGAGCAAAAUUUUUCUGUUACCGGUGGCUUGGCAUGGUGGAAAGAUAUGCUAAUGGUUGCCUGUUAUAAUAUCCAACAAGCCCAGGAAGAGUUAAGAAUCUAUCCACGAGGUCUCAACUUGGAUAAUGCAUUUAUGACUUCGGAGAAACUUUCUAGCUCAGCUAUCCUUCUAAAUGUAUAUCGUGAUUUCAUCAUGGUAUAUGGUAGCAACUGCAAACUUCGUUUAUACAAGAUUGAAAAAAAAGAAAAGAAGCAACAUCAUCCUGUAGCCGUGCUACAUCGGCUUCAAGAUAUUUCCUUAGAGAGUUAUGUGCCACAUGGGAACGCACUGAUUUCAGUCACUCUAACGUGCAUUAAUGCUGAAUCUGACGAAAAAGAACCAGAAUCACUACUCCUAAAUAUUGCUGGUCGCCUAAUUUUAUUACCACGCGACAGAUCAAAGAAAGCUACACAGGCUGCAUUUAGCUGCCCAAUUGCAUUAUCAUCAACCGUGGAAAUGGUGUGGUCUACUCCUAGGACUAGGACUACCCAUAAGUAUCUAACCGAUGCCCUAUGGCUUGGAUGUGGUGCUGACGGGAUGAAAGUAUGGCUUCCAUUAUAUCCAAGCAGUGAAGGUAAACAACCGAACUUUGUUGCUAAGCGCAUUAUGCUACCCUUUAAACUCGAUGUGUAUCCCCAAGCUGUACUUUUUGAGGAAGCUGUGAUCUUGGGCGCCUCUAAUGAAACUAUAGAUCUAAAAUCUCCUGGCAAAUCCGAUGUUACUUUUCCAUUUUACUCGAUUGAUCGCACGACUCAAAUAUAUUUGCAUCAUAUAUUGAGACAACUCCUUCGAAGAAAUUUGGAUGUGCAUGCUUAUGAGGUCGCUCGCUGUUGCAUGUCAUUACCUUAUUUUUCUCACAUACUUGAACUGAUGUUGCACGAGGUAUUAGAAGAAGAAGCUACGGCAUCUGAGCCUAUGCCUGAUGCACUUCUCCCGCGUAUUGUAGCUUUCAUACAAGAAUUUCCAUCGUACUAUCAUAUUGUUGUCCACUGUGCUAGAAAAACGGAGUUUGAUUUAUGGGAUUAUUUAUUUGCUGCUGUUGGAAAUCCUAAAAAUAUGUUUGAGGAAUGCUUAGCAAGUGGUGAUUUAGAAACUGCAACGUCCUGCUUGAUUAUAUUGCAAAACUUAGAGCCUUCUGAUGUCAGUCGCCUUCACGCAACGUUGUUGCUGGAUACGGCGUUAGCAAAACACAAAUGGGAGCUCGCUCAAGACGUCGUUCGCUUCCUACGAGCUGCAGGGCCUUGUUCCGAUACUCCACCGCGCACUUCGAUAAGUAGUAGUGGUCCAUUAACACCUCCAGUGACGCCAACACGAAGUGGCGAAACUACAAGUUGGCCCUCAUCGAAGAAGAAUAGUUUAGUAAUAUCAGGUAGCACUAUACGAGAUAGAUUAAGCCAAAGUACCGCCGAGAAAGGUUAUACCGUAGAAGAGACAGAGUUUUAUGUAGAUAGUGUUCUUAAAAAUCAUGCCACCAAUCUACUGAAAUCGUGCCAAUUGCGAGAAUUGGGACUAUUCUCUGCUUAUCUUGACUUUCCUUUAUACGAAUGGUUGAUAAAAGAACGGGUGCACAUAACUGCAAUUGAAGAUUUUCCCUCUUGCUUGUUAAAAAUUCAUAAACAAUUUGAUUGGCCGUUUCCAGGAAACAAUUCUGAAUCAUCUUCAGAUACUGCAAAGACUGAGGAAGCUAAAAAGAUAUUACUGGAAGAUUUGACACAUAACGCUUUGAACCUUCGUCAGCUUUCUCUGGAAGACUCUUCCACUAACUAUCAACGGGCCACAUCUGAAUUUACACCGGAUAGUAACAUCGACAGUUCACAAUACCAAGCUAGCAUCCUAACACGAAUGGAAAACAAUGCCGCAAGUCAUUUAUUAGCACCAGAAUAUUUAAAAGCACCUUCUAGCAAUGACAGCUUGGUUACUUCCGUUGAUACUUCAUGUGCUGCAUCUGUGUUGGAAGACGUAGAGGAUACUACGAUAUCGUUUGCGGACGUAGAUGAUAUGUAUGAAGAAGUGAUAAUGAACUGUCAUCCACAGAGAGCAAUGGAAUUGAGUUAUGGUUACAGGAAGUUUGUUAUUUAUUGUCAGUUAAUGGCAUUGGGGAACAUCAAUUCUGAUACCCCUAUUGCAUCGCCAAACGUUACUCCACAAGGUAACUUGUCCCACGAAGAAAGCGUUGAAAAAAUAUCUACUGAUACCUUAUCAUCGGUAGAAAAACCUCAUGAAAAUAUUGUUUCGCCUGACCCGCAAAACGUGCAGAAAGGUGAAACGAUACCAUCAACAAUUCAUCCAAUAGAGAGCUCAUCACCAACUGAGAAAGGAUCCGACUGUAUAAUCUCAUAG